ACGCCAAUCAGAUGACGGCUUGUUGGAAGGUAGUUAUAUCAGCUGCUAGGGAAAUAAAGCUGUUUAAGAAAACAGUAGACAUUGCUAUGAUAUUUUGUUGAUAAUAAAUACUUAUAGUGUAUGUUUCAAAUUUAAAGAAAGUAGAAAUAAUCUCGAGACCAGAGGAAUGACACAGUAACGGUUUUAAUCUAACUAUUUAGAGAUAAAAGUGUACUUUGCUUGUUUAACGUUUGGAAGAGGGGCUUUUCAGUAUUGGUACGCUGUAGUUAAUUAAAAUCGCACUAAAAUCAUCCCUCUGAAGUAAUAUACAUUUGAAACAGUAUUUCGUCUGUUUAUGUGGAAAAGUAAAACGCGUUCAAGCUGGAUAACAAAACGCUGGAUAUUGGGUAUAAGUCGGGUUCGGCAGGGGCCCUGACACCGCAGAAGAAAAUGAAGAAACGAAAGGAACUGGACGCUCUAAUUGGGCUCGGCGGUGACAGUAAGAGGAAAAAAACCAAGAAAGGAUCAGGACACAGAUUGCUAAGAACAGAGCCCCCUGAUUCCGAUUCUGUGUCCAGUUCCGAUGAGGAUGAAUUUAACACCCUGGGAAGUUCUGGAUUCAAGGGAGGCUACACACAAUGCUGUAAAGUCUGUUAUCCUUUGUGUGCAUUCAUCGUUCUAGUAGCAUGUGUGGUAGCAUGCUGUGGCUUGAUAUGGAUGCAGGUAGCCCUCAAAGAGGACCUUGAUGCUAUGAAGGAAAAGAUUCGAACAAUGGAGUCCAACCAAAAGAUAUCAUCACAUGAGAUUUCAAAGCUCAAUGAGGAUCUCCUUGAAAAACAAAAGCUACUUGAAAACAUGGAAAGUGGAAGCAAAGGUCUAAAUAAAAUGUGGACAAAUAUGACAGAAAUAAAUAAACAGAUUACCUUACUUGAUUCUACUGUCAGUCACCUGAAAGCAAAUAUAAAAUCAGCUUCUGAUUUGAUAAAUCUACCAACCACAGUGGAGGAACUUCAGAAAAGUGUUGCCAGUAUUGGGAGCACAUUAACAAGUGUUCAGCAUGAUGUUGAAACUAUGCAAACUUCUUUGGACAAGAAAAUUGUUGACUCAAUUAAGAAAAAUGAGGAUGAAAAACAACAUCGGCAAUCUGCAUCUUCAGCAGUACCAGCAUCCAACAAUUGUACAUCAUGUGUUAUUUUCAAACAGGAUGUCCUUCGUCUACAUGAUGCUAUUAAUGAGUUGAAUGCCUCGCAUGUGAUUUACCAAACACAGAAUGAUCAAAAGAUCAGUGACAUUAAUUCAACAGUACACAACAUCACUCAGAGAAUCUUUUCAUUAGAAAAUGAUGUUUUCAUCUCCAGCUUUAGCAGGCCACCAAAGCAUAACGACUCUGAAACCGAUGAUCACCAGGUUGCUGAGCUGAGAGAGAAACUUCUGCUGAUAAAUGCCUUGACAAGUAAAACAGACAGUGAACAACUUAUUGAGGAUUCUGUGCAUGGUGACCCACAAAGUGAGCACCCUUUUCAAAAGAAUGGUAAAAAAACAGAAAGCAAAGAGAUCCCCAUCAUUUCUGUGCACAGUCAAAAACCCAACAGUGAAGACUUCCCUAAGAAUCUGGAUAAUGAGAAACUGGAAAGAGAUGCAGUCAAGAAUUCUGGUAAUGGUGAAAUAACCAGGAGUAAAGACCUCCCAGCAAACUCUGAUUCUGCUAAACUGGAGAAUGAAGACUCUCCCAAGAAUUCAGAUAACUCUAAAGACCUUCCUGGGACUAAUAAUAAAAGACCCAAGAACAUGAAAAGUGAAAACCUCCCUAAGAAUUUGGAUCACAGUAAACAAGAGAGUGGAGAUCUUCCUGAGAAUUCUGAUAAUGUUACAGGUGGGCAUCCUUUAUAUUCAACAUCAAAACCAACUAGAUUUCCAAGGUAUAUAUCACGUGCUGCCUCGAGAGAGAGUUUAAAAGACCUGGAGGAUUAGUUCCAGAGGUCAGGUAAAGACCUCGAUGGCAGCUGUCAUAUGAUGCUAUGAAGAAAUUCUUUGAAUCGUCAACCCCGGAGGUGAAGGAGCUUCAAUAUUUAAGGAUAUCUGGUACAUUGCAGGAAAUUAAGCAUUACUGGAAUCAUUCUGGAACUUUUGGAAAGAUAAGACUUUGCGAAUGUUGCACUUUUAAUUUGUAAUUAACCUGUGCACAAUGUAACGCGUAUGCUGUCCUGCACGGGCUGUAUUUGUCAUUUUAAAGAUAUUUGGAGAUCUCUCAGCUGUAAUAUUUUAUUUGGUAUAUUGCAUAGAUUAAAUGAAUGUGUAUGUCUAAGAAACAAACUAGUUAUAUAAAGCAAUCCAGUAUUUAAAGGACUUACAAAUUCUAAAGCUUACAUUUUAACUUGAAACCAAUAAGAAGUGGAUUCAUAAACAUUCCACAAUUACUAUUCAUCCCAUAAUCAAUAAGGGGGAGAUUUAAUUUGUACUAUAAUUCCCCAGCUGCACCCAAUGACAGAGUAGUACCAUGGUAAAGCCUUAAACUGAAAAGGUAAUGUGGCAGUUUUUAAAUUUCUUUAUUCCUUAUCAUAGAUUAAAUUAUAUUUUGUGAAUCCUUACAUUAACGCUGACCAUCUCUUUUAGUUAAUGCAAAUAUUUUCCCUAACCUGAGGCAUCUCGUCAGUCUCCUUUGAAAUGGAGACAUCUGUGGCAAUUUGUUUCUUUAAGGAUUUCAACUAUUAGAAAACAAAUAAACACUUAUGUAACCUCGGUCACCAAGUGAUGUUGUGUAACCAUUUUUAAGAAAACACAUAGGUGUUGAAGUAAAGGAAUAUACAAAUCUAAAAACCCUUUCCCCAUUUUUUAAUGAUGUAAGGUUCUACGUUACAACCAGAAUAGCUGAUUCUCUGUUGUCUUCAGUUAUACAAGUACAAAGUUCACAAUUGGCAUGUUUGCUUAUUUAUUGAUUUAGUAAGUCACGGUUGUGUACAUUACUGCUGGAUUCAAGGGAAGACCGUGGUUAUUGAAUCUACUUCUCACUCAUCGCGGUGGCUUUCGAGGGUUGUAAAUUAAAGCAUACUAGGUAAAAUAUGUAUUUUAACAGUUAAAUAGUAAUUCAGCAAUACAACAUUUCAGACAUUUUCUUUACAUAAGUAAACAUUUUAACCAAUGAUUUAAAAGGGUGUAAAUGGACAGGCUGUUUUGUAUGUAAAAACAAAAAAAAAAAGCAGUUCUCAGAAGAUGUAGAUUCUGGGAGUGCAAUGUAAAUGGUAGUUAGAAAUGCACUAUGCACUGAGCACUGUCCCAAACAUUCUCUGAGAAUGUUUUGCUUUCUUCUUGGGAACAAAGUGUUAAAACAACACAGCCUUUAAUACAGUCUGUUAUGUAAAUAGUUUUAAACCUGCUUUCUGUAUUAUACUUAAAACUAUUUUGAGAUGUUCUGUAUAAAAUGUUUCCAGCACUGUAUAUUGUAAGUGGAAGAAACUAUGAACAUGUUAUGCAUGUUUCAAAUCAUGUAACAUGAUUAAAAAUCUAAUUUAUCAAAAAAUAAAUGUGAUUUAAAAAAUAAAU